AUGUCUAUAGACGGUAAUUUUAACAUUGAAUCCUCACUCGAGUGGUUUCUUGCUCGCUGCCCUAAGGUUGGACGUGUUCAGAGGUUCAAGUCUCUUGCGGAAAAGGGACGCCUGGUGACUGAAGAAGAAGUAGUGAGCUCUGUGGCAGAGUUACUUCUGCAUCCUAAAUAUACGAUUCCAUUGAUUGGGUGUUUUCGUCCAAUAGCACAGAGAGUAGUGGACAAAACUGAUAUUGACGAUGAAGAAGUUAUUAAUGUCAUUGAGUUUCAUAUUCAACAUGGGAGGGGAUUGGAUCUUCAUGAACUUGCUUGCCUAGCCUUCUGCCGUGCCCUUGAUUUGGCUCCUUUUUUGUUGGGGUCUGUAUUAAAUUACUUCAAAUUUGCUCCUCCUCCAUUUGAGCGCAUUUUGACGAAAGAGAAUAUUCUAGAGCUAUCUUCAAAGGUUACUACUUAUUACUUGCAUGUCGUGCAGACAUCUUAUCGCCUUUUGGUUCUGGAAACCAAUGUUUUCUCUAAAUUUUGGGAUUGGUCAUGUUUCUUGGACUUCAUAAGGGAGCUUGUAAAUCUUGACCAAGACAAUGAUAUCAAGUUUGAGGAGGAUAUCUCAGACAUAAGAUGGUUUGGUAUACGAAUACUAUCUGUAAUCUUGAAUAUGAAUGACAGAGUUAUCGCAAAGUUUGGUGCCGGGGCUGCAGAAGCACAUUCUUGUUUUUUGCGAUGGGAAGAAUUCUGCCAAGAUACAGCUAUUGAGAAGGCCGGUGCAUAUAUUGGAACCUUUGAACAAAAUAAGCCAGCUUCUGAAGAUAUUGAACUUUGUUUCAGUAAAGAAAAUUACCUUCAAUCUUACGGCCUUGGGUCUUUUACAUCAUCACAGUUUCAUGAAACUGAGCCACCUUUAAGAAGUCGGAGGCUGGUAGAGUGGGAUAAUAAAGUAGCUGCAAUACCUUUUGUCAUGACAUCUAGAUCAAAGCGAAGUUUUGAGAUGGUGCUGUUGGCAGUCAGUCAAAAGUGGCUUGUUCUUCUGUAUGGCAUGACAUAGGGGGAUGUUAGAAGAAGGUGGGGAACAUUAUCUGAAAAGAAGUCUGACUUCUUUGCCCAAUACUAAUGGGGUGUCAGACAAAUUUGAAUUUGAAUUAAAUCCCAGUGGGGAU